AUGUCCGAAAGAUAAAAAGCAAUUCGAGCCCAAUCAGCCAAAAAUCCUAGUUAAAAAGUGCCUUCUAACCAAGCUUAUGGAAAUUCUGUUAAAGGAUUUAAAAUUGUGAAAAAGGUUAAAGUGAAUAACUUGAUGGAGGAGAGACCACAGAGUGGUUAGAAUGAAAUCAGGGCGAGAUAGAUUUAACAAGAAACUGAUUUUUUUAGGAAUAAUAUGGAAGUGUUUGAUAAGGAAAGACUUUUUGAGCAUUUAUCCUAGGCUAAAACAUAAAUCAACCACUUGAAGACGGAUAAUUAUUAAUUGAGGACUACCAUUUUAUAACAAGAAAAAACAAUACAAAAAUAUGAGAGAAUCAUAGAGGAUUUUCAAAAUAAUGGUAAUUUGAAAAAUGUGCAAAUGAAAUUGGGAGUUGAGACAUCACUCUUUCUUUAAAUGAAGAGGCAAAUCAAGGAGCAACAAAAUGAGUUGAGAGAAAAGGAAAUAACUAUUUAGAACUUUAAGAAAAAUGCUAAAGUGAGCAAAUUCUAAGAGCUCGAUGCUGAAAUCAGGGAAGUCUAUGAAGAACUCUAAAGAUUGAGAGAAUUACUAAAAGAAAGAGACGACAUCCUCCAAUAAUAAUAGAAUCAUGCUCAGGAGUCUACUCAAAAUAAUGAAUUUGUCAAAGACUUGCAACAAUAGAAUGAAACCUAUCUCAAGGACAAUUAGGAAUUAGUUCAGAUUGUCAAACUUUAUGAGGAGAGGAAUACCUAAUUGGAAAAUCAAGUUCAGCAAUAGUAGAAAUCAUUGAACAAGCAAGGCAGAGAUCUUUAGUUGUUGAAUCAAAAACUACAAGCAUUCAAGAAGCGAGGAGCUAAUGGUUAAUAUGUAAUCAGUUAGGAGGAGAUCGACAAGGAUAUAGAGGAGAGGACCAAAUUGAAUUACUUAGUUGAAGAAUACAAGGAGAAAAUACAAAAAUUGGAGUAACAAUUGAAGAAGUUUUAAUCAGACAAUAGAAAACAAUUAGAAUAGAAACAAGGCAGGAAUUUAUAAUAAUAGCAAUCAUAUAGUCCCAAGGAUUAAAAUAAUACUAAUUCUUAAUAACAACAAAUAGCAUAGUUUCAAUAGUAAUAAGAGCAAUUAAGGUAAAAUAAUAGUACAGAUUCUAUUCUACUAGAUUAAGAAUUAGCACAAUGUUAUGCUGAUGAAAUACGUUGUUAAUUGUAUUUGGAUAAUAUACCCUUUGCCAAAUUCAAGGAAAAAUUGUCCACUUUGAAUAAAGGUAGAUUAAAUGAGAAUGGAGUCGUUGAGUUUUUAAAGACCAAAUUAGAUAUGAAUGCAGUCAAAGCUUAAAAAUUUGCAAAAGCAUUGCUCAAAAGUGAUGGAUAUGAUUAACCAAUUCAAAAAAUGAUAAGUGCCAAUAGAUUCAAAAAUAUGAUCUUGUCUCUUAUUCAAGAAUACAUCACUUAUGAUGGAUCAUCAAUUUAUUAAGAAGUUCGAAAAACAUUACUAAAAAAUAAAGAAGAACUUACAAGGAAAUUUAAGUAGAAAUUUUAAACUUAAGAGUACAUCAAUAUAAGAUAAUUUGAAUAAUUAAUUAUAGAGUCACAAAUAUCAAUUACAGAGUUGUAAAAAGAUUAAUUAUUUAUACACAUUUAUUAAGUGUACAGGGAUUUAAUUUAAUUAUAAUGGGAACAAUUCUUUAGAGACGAUUUUAAGGAGAAUCGCUAGAUGCAAUUGGAAAAAUAAUAAAAAUAAAAUUCUCCUCCUAAUACUUAAAAACAAGACAGUUCUAACGAUUAUAUUAAAAUAUAAACCUAGAAUUCAGAUACUUCCAAAUAGGCUAAGAUGAGAAGUAAUGCUAGAAAUUCAUCUUAAAUUAUUGACAACGAUCCUAAUUAAUAACCUGCAAAAGUAAAUAAAAAGCACAAUGAAGAAGAGGAAAAUUAUGAUGAUUACUUUGAGAGAGAUGAGGAUAAAAUUUCAUAGAAUUCAGGUAAGUUAGAAGAAGAAUAGGAUAAAUAGGAGGAUGCUGAAGAAGAAUAUUAGGAAUAAUUUGAUGAUUAUUAAUUAAAGCCAUAAGAAGACUUAGAAGAUUAGGAGGAUGCUGUUAUGAAGAUAUAACUUGCUUAUAAGAAGAAAAAGUAAAAGGAGGAGGGUAAAAAGAUUCUAGAGUAGUAGAAAGAAAAGAAGAGAUAAUACCUUGAAGAAAAAGAAAAGAAGUAGAAGUAGGAAUUGUAAUUGAAGAAAUAAUAGGAGGAGAAUAAACGAUAGGAGGAAGAGUAAAGGAGAAUUUUGGAAGAAUAAAAAAAGAAAUAGGAUUAAUUAAGAAGAUAGGAAGAGGAAAGAAAAAGGUAAGAGGAGGAAUAAAAAUAAAAAUAGAAGGAAGAGGAAUAAAGGAAAUAUGAAGAAUAAUUAAGAAAAGAGGAAGAAGAGAAAGCAUUGCUGAUCUAAAAUGCCUAUAAACAGAAGAAGCAGAAGGAGGAGGGUAAGAAAAUAUUGGAAUAGAAAAAAAAAGAAAAGGAAUAAUAUUAAGCUGAGUUGUAAGCCAAAAAGGAAUAGGAAGAGUUAGAAAGGUAAAGAUUAUUAAAAGAAUAAGAAGAGAAAGAAAAACUAUUAAAAGAAGAAGAGGAUGCUGCCUUGAAGAUAUAACUAGCAUAUUAAAAAAAGAAACAAAUUGCAGAGGCUAAAGCAUUGUUAGAAUAAAAAAAGAGAGAAAAAUUUGUUAAUGAUUAAAAGCAAAAAGAAGAGGACAGGAUAAGAAGAUAGAAGGAGAGGGAAGAGAAAUAAAAGAAAGAGGAGGAGGAAAAGGCUUUGAAAAACUAGAAAGCCUCUAAAGAUAAAAAGCAAGCAGAUGAAACUAAAUAGUUGUUGGAAAGCAAAAGAAAUGAAAGAGAUUCAAUCUCUAAAAAUAAUAAAAAAGGUUCUAAAGAUAAAAAAAAUAAUGAGGAUGAUUAUGAUUUUGAAUUCGAAUAAGAGCUUGAUGAUUAAUUAGAAGUUAAAAAAGAAAUUGAAGCUAAAGAAGAAGAAAUUAAUAUGGCAGCAUCAAGAAUAUAAGGUGCUUACAGACACAAAAAAAAUAAAUCAGAAGGGAAGAAAUUAUUAGAAGAGCUAAAAGAAGAAAAAAGAAUUGAAGAUUUAAAAAAGAAAGAGGAAGAUUUAAAAAAAAAGGAGGAAGAUUUGAAAUUAAAGGAGUAGCAAGAGCUUGAUGAUGUAGCUGUUAAAAUUCAAAAAGCAUACAAAAAGAGAUAACAGAAAGAAGAAGGUAAAAAGAUCUUAGAAGAUAAGAAAAAAGAAAGAGAAUUAGAGAAUUAAUAAAAGAAUAAUAGGCCUUAAAUUAAAUAGCAAGUGUCAUAAGAAGUAUAAAGAGAAAAUCAAGCAUAAGUUGGUAAGACCAUGAAUGUGGAUGAAUUGGAUGGAUAUGGCGAUGAAAAGUUUGAGGAUGGCACUGAUCAUGACAAAUUUACUAAUCCUGCCUUAGGCUAAAGUAAACCUAUGUAAAUUUAAGUUGAGGAGGAUGAAAAACUGCCUGAUGAUCCAGUGGCAGAACUAAUGGAGGAUAAGUUAUUUAACAGCGUUGGAAUAUUUUAAUAAUCUAUUAAUAAGGAAGAAGUACCUGAUGCAGAUUAACUUUUAUGA